CGGGCGGACUCAGUAGGGCGGAAGUCGCUGAGGCGGACGGGGGUGGCGGCGGCAGCGAGCGACGAUGAACAACAAAUUCGACGCAUUGAAAGAUGAUGACAGUGGAGACCAUGACCAGAAUGAGGAAAAUAACACACAGAAAGACAGUGAGAAGGAAAAGAAUGAUCGUGAGAAACCACAGAGYACUACCAAGAGGAAGGCUGUGGUUCCGGGGCCAGCUGAGCACCCCUUGCAGUAUAAUUACACCUUCUGGUACUCCCGACGGACCCCCGGGCGGCCCACCAGCUCCCAGAGUUAUGAACAGAACAUCAAACAGAUUGGCACCUUUGCCUCCGUGGAACAGUUCUGGCGGUUUUACAGUCACAUGGUACGUCCUGGGGACCUGACAGGCCACAGUGACUUCCAUCUUUUCAAAGAGGGCAUCAAACCCAUGUGGGAGGAUGAUGCCAACAAAAAUGGUGGUAAAUGGAUUAUCCGUCUGCGGAAGGGCUUAGCGUCACGGUGCUGGGAGAAUCUUAUUCUGGCCAUGUUGGGAGAGCAGUUCAUGGUGGGGGAAGAAAUCUGUGGGGCCGUCGUCUCUGUCCGAUUCCAGGAGGACAUCAUCUCCAUAUGGAACAAGACAGCCAGCGACCAGGCCACGACAGCCCGGAUACGCGACACGUUACGAAGAGUGCUCAACCUACCUCCCAACACCAUCAUGGAAUACAAAACCCACACCGAUAGCAUCAAGGAUAAUUCAAGCUUUCGAAACACAAAAAUCACAUUGUGAGAACAAGAGUUGGCACUAAGCUCCUCUCUCCGUGUUGAAAGCACUGGGAGUGCCCUCCGACCUCUGAAGGGACUCAUGGGCCACUCUCGCACUCCUCCCUGGGGGAAGGAUCCAUCUGAAGCCCUCCAGCAGCGGUGACAAUAGAGGCCGAUUUUGUCUUACACAAACUUUUUUUUAGCAGUGGGGCGGGAGGCAGCCUUUCAAUUAGCGGCGGGCCCUUGGGGCCACAUCUUGCAGCACUUUCCUCUCUUUCUCUACAUGGCAUGCAGGAUCUCUGGGAUUCUGCCUCAACAUCAGAGCCUUUUGCUGAGGGAUACCAGUAUUAUAAAUCUCUCUGCAGCUGGGAGGAGCAUCCCAGUUGAGAGUCAGCCCUGUGGUUUUCAAAUGCCCCCUUUCAGUUCUGCCAAUAAAUUAUUGGGUCUCUUUGUUUCUUUCA